ACCGAGCUGCGCGUUUGCGUCCGUUACAACGAGUGCUUAGUUUAGAUUUCCUCUAUUUGGGGCCCUGAGAAAUUGGCAGUUCACUUUCGUUGGUGGCUCGAGUGCGACGUGACGUGCGGCAGCGAAAAGCGCUUUUCCAGGCAGAGUGCGCCAUUACUUGCCUGCAAGUCAGCCACAGCAAUUCCUCGGUAAUUGCAAAUAGCUGCAAAGUGCGUAAUUAGAGCUUGGGGGAAAACUGCGUUUUCCGCAAUACCAGAACGUGCUCCAUUUUCACUCGAGUACGUAGAUCCCUAAAUCAAACGCGUUUCGUCAACCGCCGUCCGCUUAAACAGUAAAAAGUAAACAAACAAUACAAAUCUACUAUCUCACGCGAAAAACAAUAAAGCGAUCGUUCAGAAAUUAGUGCAACAAGACAAAGGCAACUCAUUCCGAAUCCAGAUCCGUAAAAGAUGGCGUUCAUUUCGAAAGAUUUUCGGUCCCCGGGCGAAACUUGGAUCAAAACUGAUGGCGGCUGGGAGCGUUCCAAGGUGCUCGAGUGCGGCGGAAAACGGAAGCGGCACCACUCGGAGGGAAGCAGCAGCUACCAGGACAGCGACAGUUCGGAGGAGGAUGCGGUGAUGCCGCCGCACUACCACAUCACCAUCCGGUGCACCCGGGAGAUAGCCGGCUUCAAUGGGCUCAGCGAGGCUGUGAAGCGUCUGGACUUCCGGCGAUCGGUGCGCGACCGCAAGAGGUUCCACUACAUCUGCGCCUUCCUGCUGCUGGUGUCCAACAAGGGCAUCGCCAGUCUGCCGGGCAGUGCCCAGCGGCAGCUCCUCCAAAUGGUCGAGGAGGUGGCCUCGCAUGUAAAUGACAGCCAGCAGCAUCCGAAUGUGCUGCGUGGCCUGGCUUUGAAGCUGGAGCACAUCGUCAGCCAGGAGAACCAGAAGUGCUGGGGCAAGCCCCUGGGCAGCACCUACCUGUGGAAGGAGCACAUGGCCACCAUCAAGCGGAUCCAGCGGGUGGCCAGCCAGAUUGAAAUCAGAGAGCCCGACCCGGAGGCCAAGCCUAAGCUGCACGAGCUGCCGGAGGAGUGUGUGCGGGAGAUCAUCCUGUGCAUCGCCGACCACAGGGAUCUGGAGUCGGCCGCCGAGGCCUGGGAGACCAUGGCCAAGCUGGUCUCCGAGCAGCGCAUCUGGCGCGAGCUGACCCGCUUCCACUUCAACCAGCGACAGAUCCACACCAUCCUCGACCUGGACAAGUUCAAGCAGAUGGGCGAGAUCAAGGACUGGAAGCAGAUCUACCACCAGCUGCGCCGCACCUACGGCGUCAACGACGACUACCAGUUCGCCGAGGUGCUGGCCCUGUGCCGCUCCUGCUGCUGCCUCUUCUGGCCCUCCGAUGGGCAUCCGUGCAUCGUGGACCAGAGUCCCGACUACAAGCAGCGCCUGGAGGAGGCCGGCGGCCAGCUGGCCCUGGCCCAACCGGUGCCCCCGGCCCAGUUUCUCAAGUACUUCUCGUUGUAAGCCGUGGGUUUGGACUUGGACCAAGGGAGAGAGAUAGAGAUAGAUCGAAAGUAUUUUUACGGAGGAGUGGAAAAGUCCUUUAUGCGUGUGUUAAAGUUUUACCCUUGGAGUGGAUUGGAUGGUCGAGGAGUGGAUCAGAAAAAGCAAAGUGAUAAAGAAAUCCCUAAUCUAUAACUACAUAUGUAUAUGCCAGGCUCGUUUCGAUUGGUUUGCAGUUUGUCCAGGUUAAGAUUCUAGUUCGGAGCGGCUUCAGUUCAGUUCUCUGCCAACUUGUUGUAUUAUCACAUCUGCGUAACCCAGGAUCACUAUAAGUCGCGUGUCUGUUGCCAGGGUCCAAUUUUGGGUCGGUAAUCCUUGAGGUCGGGGUGGUUAUAGAGU